AUGGCAAGACAAGCUUUAUUGAUGUGUUUCUUUCUGCUUGCUGUGGCAAAGUUCUGCUCUGCACAGCAAAUGCCAGGAGGAAUCGUGGAAAUGACAAAAGAUGAGAUUGAAAAAGAUGACAUUCUCCACGCAGGUGUGACUUUUGCAGUGACAGAGUACAAUUCCAAAACCAACUCGAGACUUAUUGCUACAGAAAUUUUACAAGCCACAAGACAGGUUGUUGCUGGCAUCAAAUAUGUAGCCCUUGUUGAGUUGCGACCACGGCUUUGCGUGCAUGAUCCCAAACUCAAGAUUGCUCCAUGCCCACCACAGCUAAACUUGCCAACCAGAUGUGUGUUUGACAUCCUUCAUCAAGCUUGGAUGCCUUUGAAAUACACAGUUCUGUCUACAAAGUGCUUUAGAGCGCAAUGA